AUGGGGCGGGCCAGGGGUCUGGGGCUGCAACCGCUUGGGACGGUCCUGAUGGCCAUUUGUGCACUGUGCUGCGGCAAUGUUCCAACCGCAUCUGCAUGCGACGCCGCAGAUCCAUUCAUCGGCCAAAUCUGCUGGGUAGCAUUUACCUACGCACCAAGGAAUUGGGCAUUCUGCGACGGACAGCUGAUGCAAAUCUCCGAAAAUCCGGCUUAA